GAUUUUAAUACUUUUAUUGUGCUCAGCUAUGGUUGCCCUUGAAAUUUCAGGGUCAAGUGAGGUCAUUUAAAGAGACAUAGUACACUAAGCUGAGUCAUCUGUACAUCUGCAGUAAUAAUAAAUACUUGCAAAAACUUUAAUAACCUAUAUUCAAGAGAAUAAUAUUUUCUAUAGUUUUGUUUUAAAACUUGUAUACUACUUAGCUUGCAUAAAAUGAAGUGGCUAGUUUUAGGCAUUACAUUAACAAUAUGGAAUUAUAUAGUGUGUCAAGAUAUUGUAUUCCCAGAUAAUGAAGAAGUAUCUCAUGUUAGUGGCAAUAAUCAAAUGAUAACAGAACGUAUUCCAGUGUCUAUACCGGGGCAGUGUCCCGAAAAUAUGCUUCUUUAUCCUGGAGGAGGGAACAAAAGCUCAUGGGUAUGCGAUUGCAGACCUAGAUUUUUAUAUUUCCCUUUAAACGAUACUUGUUACGAAGCAUAUACACAAGGACCUUGUGCACCACAGAACUACGUGGUACUUCCUAAAAAUGAAGUUGUACCACAAUGCGUAAUAAAUCCAUGCAGAGUAGAGGGCUUAGUACCGUACAAUGGUACAUGUUACCCUCUAAGAACUGUAGGUGGUCCAUGUGCUCCUGAUGGAGUAUUAGGAGUAAACGAAACUAAUUUUGAAUUGGAAUGUGUACCAACGGAUAUUGCACCUUUUAUUAUAAUUCAAGCACCUAAAAGGCAGUGUCCUGCAGGAAGUCGCAGAAACAGCCUUGGAAUAUGCAGAGAAGUAAUUUGAAUCAUCACUGAUCAUUUACUCUUUCGGUCUGUUGAGUAUAAUAAACUUCAAUGUUUUGUUAUGAUUCUGAUAUAUUAUAAGAAUAUAUUACUUAUAUAUAUUUACAAAAUAUAUUUUAAACUAUAUUUAAGUUAAAUCAUUUUCAACAUGAAAUUUUAACUCUAUGUACAUUCAAUAAUUGUACAUAUACGUAAAUUGUAUACUUAUAAAAUUCGUAUCAUUAACAUUCAUUGUCUCAUCAAAAGCUAUUACAACUAACUAAAUGUGUGAUUAUUUUAUAUUUGAUUCUACUCUAAUAUACUAUAUACAAAGUACAGUAAAUAUAAUACAAUAAGAAUAUUUUAUAUCUAACCAUUGUUAGCAUUCUGUAAAUUAAACAACAAAUAUAUUAAACCUAUGUUACAAAAUAUAUGUUAAUGCUUGCUA